ACUCCUAGAGUCCUUAUCAAAUGGAACACUCUUAACACGCAUCAUUUAUAUAACAGCUAGUUUGAUAAACAAAAUGGCGCAUUUACAAUUGAUUUAUGUAUUUAGUAGUAUAUUUUUUGUUUAUAUUAAUUUAGUAAGUGGACAACUGAACUGGACAGAUUGCUCACCUAACGAAUUUGCGGACCCGAUCUACGUCCACUCUCUGAUUGUGUCUCCAUUACCAAUUCGCCUGCCUGGAGAAUACAAUGUAUCAUUUGAUGCGGUCAUAAGCAAUUACAUAGACGAACUUGUCAUUGAUUUAGACAUUGGUUGGAUGAAUCGUUCAUCUGGAGAAACGGAGAAAGUCUAUCCGGCAGAUGAAAAUAAAUCAUUGCGUGUGUUUGAUGCAUGCUACGUAAUCAACAAGAGCCUGUUCAGUGAUCCCGUCGCCAUAGCAGACGACUUAGAUAUACACAUAGACAAACUUCUAGUUAACGCGCUCAGAUACCACGCAGGAUGUCCGUUUCUAGCGGGCAGGGUCACGUUUUCAUCCCAGCCUAUCAAACUUCCGGUUGAUACGAUUGAAAUGAAUGCUUUAAGAAAGGAUCGGUAUGCCGUGAAAAUUACAUUCAAAACUAGGAAGACCAGCAAAUACCUAGGUUGUGUCCAGUUCCACGCUGCAUACGACGGACAGAUUAUCAAUUAAGCUAUAAGCUGAUGUAGAAAUAUGAUGAUAUUUGUUAUGCUGUAAAUACUGGAAUUAUAAAUAUAUGUUAGAUGGUAUGCGUCAGAACGUAUUCA